AGAUACGGACCGCAUUAUUCCUAUCUUAACAACAGAUUACAUUACGAACGAGAAGUUUUUCAAAAUUCUUUUUGAAAUUUUGUAUCGUACUAAUGUGUCAUUAAUCGAUACGUACUUGCCAAAAUGCAUCACAGGCUUUCGAGAGGUUAUAUAAUAAUUAAUCAAUCUUGAACGACCGGAGAGCCAGGAUGAUAGGAUAGCGCGAUAUUUUCAUGUAUAAGGAACUAUCCGCCACCUCUAAGUACCGUAUAUUAUUAAUAUUUUAUUUAACUCAUUCCCAUUACUAGAAGCCAAAUUUUAUAUUUUUCGCACCUAACCUCAAAGCUUUCAAGGUAUUCGUCAAAAUAUAGUCAUGUCGAAUGAUAAAAACACCCCAGCAGCCAAGCCCGGAGAUGGUUUAAGAUCAUUGCGGAGUACCAUGCUAUUCAGAGCCAUAAACUAUGAACUUUAUGUAAAACCGAAUGCUGUAAUCAUGGCACUGGGUGUUCUGGCCAUGACUGGAUGUGCUGGGUAUAUUCUUUACAUGCGCAGCAAAUACGAGGGAAUGGGCUAUUACUCGGCAAUUGAACCAGACGGCAAAGAAACGUUUAAGAAAAGAAAAUCAAAAUGGGACGAUUGAAUACUUAGUAAUUUUUUUUCGAUUUUCUCUGUAGGUUCUUGCAGACGCUUCUAACUGUAAUGUUUCCUAUAUUUCAAGGAACUAGAUAUCGAUUUGAAGUUAUUUAUUUUCGGGCUAUUUUAGUUUAUAAAUAUAUAUGUAAUAUAUAGACUUUAUUUAUUCUAUGUAGAUAUAUUUAUAUCAUUAGCCGCAUCUAAUUCAUGAUCUGUAAUUGUUAUCUACAUCUACAGUUCGUUGUCGAACAGAAUAAUACAUUAUUUUCAAAUAACGUUUGUAAAGCAUUUUAAUCACUUUUUUCUGUUCUUUGUAUCACCUGAUAGUAAGAUUGCGAGAAAAUAUUAAUUACGAAAUUGUGAGGUAUAAUAAUUAAAUGCAACAAUUAAAUAUAGACACAAUUUUUGGUUGGUGUUUUACAUCUAUGGAGCUAUCUUCCUGUUUCUCUUUUAUCCAGGUAAAAAUGCGACCGAGGUAGAAAAUACAUAUUUUACCUAAAUCUAUGUCUAAUAGUUGUCCUUAAAAAUUUUCCUUCAACACGAAGUGAGGCUGGGUUUUGCACUAUUCAAAUAUGUUACCAGAUAUGAAUGAAAUUUUUCGUCAAACAUACCCUUCAGAUAAUUAUCUUUAUAGUAAGAGUAGAAAAAUUCAUACCAAAUUCGUUGCAAACUAAUUCUGAACACCUCGAUGGUUUGUACUAAAUUGUGGAUGAUGAGUU